CCAGAGUUGGUGAUCUCCACAACAGCUUUAACCCGUUCUCCAGCGGCUAGGUCCUGGUAAAAUUCGGCAACUUCCUCAAACACAGCUGAAAGCAAAGGAGAGCUCUCUUCUACUGAGGAGUCCCUGUUAUUUCUGUCAGUGGUGACACGGAGAGGGGGAGAGAGUUUGCAAACAGACGGAGCCUGCCUCCUGGUCAAACAGCCAUGAGCAGCGCGCAGGAUCCAGCAGGAGGCGGUGGUGAGCAGCAGAUUGAGAGACCGAGACUGGUCUCCCUACACGGUGUCGCCAUGUCUGAAGCCUUCAUCGAGAACUGGGCAGCGGUGGAGAGUUACCAAGCGGAUCCACGGGAUCUCCUGGUCGUCACCUACCCCAAGUCAGGUACCACCUGGGUCCAGGAGAUUGUGGACGCCAUCCUCCACGACGGGGGCCGUGCGAAAUGCGGCCGGGCUCCAAUCCACUUAAGGAUUCCUUUCCUCGAGUUCAGCUUCAGGGGCCUCUUGCCCUCUGGGAUAGACAGCCUGGCUGAGAUGACCUCCCCGAAGGUGAUAAAAACACAUCUUCCCUUCCAGCUGGUUCCCAAAUCCUUCCUCGAGCAGAACUGCAAGAUAAUCUACUGCGCCCGAAAUGCCAAGGACAAUCUCGUCUCUUACUUCCACUUUGAACGAAUGACCAAGAUCCAACCGGAACCAGGCAGUUGGGAGGAAUAUUUCCAGAAGUAUCUCCAGGGAAAUGUGGCCUAUGGCCUUUGGCAUGACCAUGUGAAAGGCUGGUGGCAGGUCAAGGAUGAACACCCCAUUCUCUACAUUUUCUACGAAGACAUCCAAGAGGUUCCAUAAGCAAUGCUGUCACACAUGGGCCAUCUCAAUGCAGGGAGUUCCAGUCCACGUGGUGGACAC